CUUAGGUUCAGUCCUGUCCUUUGCCUCGGAUGCCGACCAUGCCCAGCUCGACCAUCCUUCACGCCGCCUGCUUUGCCGUCGGUGCCCUCGUUGGCGGUGGCGUAGCGACUGCCAUCAGCCGCAACAACACUGCGCAGCGUCCAGUAGCUGUGCCUGUGCCAGCGUCCGAAAGCGUCAAGCAGCCCAUAGUCGAAGUACAGCCAAGCGGUGCUCCCAAGCUGAGCACGCCGGGCACUCUUGUCAAGACAGAUUCACAGCUCCUGAGAUAUGGACAUCCCGGACCGGUAUCAGACUUGUUGGUCCGGAAGGCCUAUGUCGCUGCAUACGACCGCAGGCUGAGGCAUCCGGCUUGGGUAUGUCUGCUGUUCAACUUCUGCCGAAAUGCUCAAUCAAUUGCACUCUUAGACUGCUGAACACUUGACACUCGCGUCUCUGGGCAAGUCAGCUCUCGAAGUGCGUCCCUCUGCCGACGAAACCGGCGACCGGUCAAAGUCGCAAUUUGUAGAGGACGAGUCGAUACCUGCCAUAUUCCGCGCAAAGCUCGCGGAUUACUUCCGCAGCGGUUACGACCGCGGGCACAUGUGAGUGUAUCCGUCUUCUGUAGUCUUACAGCUAAUCGUGAACAUUAUUUAGGGUCCCUGCUGCUGACGCGAAAAUAUCUCAGGUACGUGCGCAUCUGC